GUCAUUUAUAAUCAGGCUCCGGGCGUAGUGUGGGUGUGUCUGCAUCAGUUGCCCGGAUGAUGGUGGGUGUGACUAAGGUGGUGCAAAAUGGCCGACUGCAUCGAGUCGACAUACGGCCACCGAGAGGAACAAGUUAUUAUCAUGGAUUCUGAGGAAUAUACAGAUGUUAGCUUACAUGAAAGUGCUACAGAUAAUCUUGCCAUACAUGUCAAGUCAAAAGCCGAUGGAAAGUUAAGAAUAAGAUGUAGAAAACUGAAGAAUCCAAGACGUGGAAAGCAGUUCAUGCAGCAAAAAGAAGAAAUAAAAAUGAUGAGGUCAGAGGAAACCCGGCUUGCCAAUCUCAAGUUACCAGGGAGCACAAAUGAUUCUGGCCCAGGGGAGUACACGGCCGCUUCUCCGCAUUGUUCCCCUGUGUCCCCACUUGACGAACGUGCAGUAUACGAGAGGUUGUCUCCCUUGGCCCGUUGGAAACUGCACAGCAGGGUACAGGAUUCUUUCUUUGUUCCGAUCUCACGCAAUGCAGACAACGGCAACCAGUUAUCAGGAUCAAAAGAAAAUUCUGAUAGCGUGUCACCCAACAGUUCUGGUUCCGAGUAUUCUAGUCCGAGUAACGAAGAUACACGCUACUUAAAUUUGAUAAAGAUCAAGCAGAUUCAGUCGGCAUUCACGAUAACAGAAGACAAGGAGAUCCCCGGUUGUGCGCUCUCGCUGGGUCAUGUCUAUGCCUUGAAGAAGAGGAUCAUUAAACGUGAGGAAGAAAUGAGCGGGGGCAAGAGCAUUGGCUCGGACGGAUCCUCAGAUCAGAGCUCGAAUAACUCGCCACAGAAUGUGGAGACUGACUCGACUGACAGCAGAACGGAUACUGAUUGUACAAGCUACAAACGAAAGCCCCUGCAGACAGAGCCCGUGGACCUGUCUGUGAAGAAGUCAAGUCCAGCCCACUGGUACGAAGACAUACAUCUGUCUGAGACUGAGAACCAGUCCGCUGCUAACGUAAGGAUGGGCUUCAGGGGGCUGGCCUUCUUAAAAAAAGAAGUGGAGGACCAGCCCACAGUCACUCUAGACUCCAUGAACAAGAUCGGCUCAGCUGCCCUCCUGUCCCUGCAGAGAAUUAAGGAGGCAAAUGAAGCGCGGCUCAUUUAUUUCAGACAGUACAAGCAUCGCCACCACCCUUACAAGUCAGACCCGUACAACAAGCUGACGAUAGACACAGGUCUGGGCCCAUACAGCCCGCCCCGCCUUGCCCCUAGAUCCCCGGUCUCACCCCACUAUUCCAGCUCGCCCGACAACCUAUCAGACCUGCAGAAAAAACGACGGGUGCACCGCUGCGACUUUGAUGGCUGCUCUAAGGUGUAUACAAAGAGUUCACACUUGAAGGCGCACAGAAGAACUCACACAGGUGAAAAGCCAUACAUAUGUACAUGGGAAGGGUGCACAUGGCGGUUUGCACGGUCCGACGAACUGACGCGCCACUAUCGUAAACACACAGGGGACAAGCCUUUUAAAUGUCAGAUUUGCGAGCGAGCCUUCUCCCGCUCGGAUCAUCUCUCGCUUCAUAUGAAGAGACACUGAUUCUGAUUGGCUGUGCGCAAGUGAUCUUUGUUGUGGUGACUUGUGACGUACUGCCAUUGUUUUGGUGCCAAGUGUCCUCCCCGUGUUGACAAAUCAAGUUUUUCCAGCAAUAACAGUGCUACUGCUGCCAGGGCCUUGCUCCUGUGAUGCCAGGGUCUGCAUUUGAUUCAUAUGGUGCAAGUUGUUGAGGAUAUGUAAAACAUUUUCUGCAUGCGCAUGUAAAACACAUGCCUAGACCUGGGCAUAUGAAAAACUGUGCUCUAAUUGCUACUGCUUAUUGCAUGCCAAGAUGUUUGUAUAAACGAUAUAAGUAAUCUUUGCCAUUUGCUGGUAAAGAUUCAUCGAUGUGCAAUAAUUUGUUGACAUGUUCUUACUUAAAGGGAAAAUAAGGCAUCUCUUUAGUAAGACCACGAUUUGUUUAGUGAUGUAAUGAAAUGUGUUCAUGAUUUUGUGAUGCAUGUGGAUGUUCCAUGUUAUUAAAGCAAAUGACUCGGCGUCAUGUUCAGGAAAGACUGAUGGAAGUGUAUUAGUGACGACAAACAUUGUUUCAGUGUGAUUUUGUGUAUCAAUGUUAAAUGUGUGAUGUUUGUAUAUGAAAGAGGAGUAUUUCAUGGUAAACUUUUAAAAUUGCAUUUACACAUUGCACAAUUGACACCCAACAAUGUUGAAGUACAAAAUCGCGUUCGUUGAAUCUUGUCAAUAUAUGCAUUACAAGAUUCACUUUUGUAAAUGCCUGUGUCAUGUAAUACAAGAAAAUAAAGCUUACUUAUAUGUGGUAGUAUAUUGUCUUAUCACAUAGAAAAACUAUUGCAGUAACAUAUUUUACGUAGGUGUUUUACUUGGAAAUGUCUUGUAGUAAUUAAAAAUCUGUACAAAUACAAAUAGCUUUCUUGCAGUAGGUACCUGUAGUAAACAUAAAAAACUUGAAAUGCUUGAUGUGAAAAGAUGCAUAAUGUUGACGGUUGAGAUGAAAGCCUUUUAACUGUUGAAUAUUUCUGCAUUGGAUACAAUAGUGUUACACUGAACACUUGUUUUUUAUGUUUUGAACAGAACAGUUUCAAUAUUGUUGGGUUUCAGUUGUAUGUGAUCGUAACUGAAACUGAUCUAUCAUGAAGCAAUAUCAUAUUAAAACUUCCAGUAUUGUAUGCCAUAUUUUUGGAAUUCUAUAUCAUAUUUUUGAAAUUGAAAAUUAGUAUGUUUAUGUACAGAUAUGCUUGUUAAUCAUUGGGUGUACCAAGUGAAUACUUACUGCUCAAUCAUUUUGGAAUCUUGUUGUUGAUGUCGAUAUGUUUAGCUAGUUGAAUCAUGUGUUGACAACAAUAUUCUGUGGUGAAUUGCUAGGUUUAAUAUAUUUGAGUAUUUUUGAGGGAUAUCAGAAUCAUACAUUACAUGAGCCUUGUUGUGAGAAAACGGGGCUUAAUGCAUGUGCGUAAAGUGUCAUCCCAGAUUAGCCUGUGCAGUCUGCACAGGUUAAUCAGGGACGACACUUUCCGCCUUAACUGGAUUUUCGUGUAGAAGAGACUUCCUUUAAACGAAAAAUACCAUAAAAGCGGAAAGUGUCGUCCCUGAUAAGCCUGUGCGGACUGCACAGGCUAAUCUGGGAUGACACUACACACAUGCAUUAAGCCCCGUUAUCUCAGAACGGGUCUCACAUUUACAUUGAUGUGCCCUUGUGUACAGACUAAGCAUCUGAUCUCUUGGUAAACAAAUGCUUAUUGAAAUAUAAUUGAAUAUUUUUUUGUAUAAAAAAAUUGUGCAUGACUUGUGAAAAUAGUUCAGUUUUGACUUCCUGUUAUGAAGUAUAUUCAGGAUAAAGUGCUUUUUUACCUUUCUAUGUUAAAAUGUGCACUUGUGAAGCUUUUAAAACAUUUAUUGGAUUUUAUUUUAAUCAAACCUGAAGUAAUAAAUGUAUACACAGAUUAAAACAGAUCACAACAAAGUAAAUGUUCAACUCAAAUUAUAUUAUUGUUUUCUUUUCUUUUCUUUAUAUAAAUCAACACAAAUAUGUCCUAAAUUGAUGAUAGUGUGUUCAUGAAUCAUCUCCAAGGUUUAUUGUUCACUGGCCAUUCUAUGACAAAGGAGAAUAUUCAUCCUGACUCUUGUUUUUGUUUACAAUUUCAGACAUUUAGAGAGUAUUUUUAUGUGGUCUGUUUACACACUUGCUGAACAUUUUUAGCAGAAAGAUGCUUUUAUUUUUACAAAUUUGUUGUGGCAUCAUGCAGUGCAAAUUAGCUUUUGCUUAAGAACUGAGAUGCACAAACUAAUUUCUUUCUUUUUCUUCAAUAUUUAAGUACAUAUUUUGUCUUUUAUAGAAAGCGUUACUGGCUUUCUUAAAAUACCCGUAAAAUGUUAAUACUAGAUUCUAUGUAUAAAGAAAUUAAUGCACUAUGUUAUAUUUUAUUUAAGAAAAUAAUGUGUUUUUUGGGCAAAUAUUUGUUCUUUAUUUUAUGUUUUUAAUAGUGCUUAAGAAUUUAAUUUCAAAAUUCAUUUCUCGCCAAUUGUAUUGGAUAUUUUGUUGUUGUUUUUUAGUUUUAGUAAAUCAUGCUUCCAGGCUUAUUAUGCUCAGCGUUUUACUGAUUUUUGUUAUGAGUUUUAAAUUCAGAGCAAUACUAAGUGUACAUGAAGACAGCUUUGUUAUUUUAGCUAUAUAGUUUAUAUGAUGUGUUUAUUAUGAUGUCAUGUUUGUUACGGUUUUUGUUUUUGAUAAAUUUAUGUUUUGAAUGUGUGAAACAGGUUUGCUUGCUAGUUGUUAAGGAAGACUAUCAAAUAAUAUUAGGUGGCUUAAUUCCUGUUUUGUAGUUCACCCUUGUCAAAAAAAAAUCUGACCUUGGUAGCUGUUAGACCAUAGUAUAGCUUUUUUCCACUAAAAUCAUCAGACCUUGUCUAUCGACUGAUGAUGUUUAUGGGCUACACUGCAAUAAAAAUAAUUUCAUUUCCAACCAUGCAUCAAACUUAUUCAAAUAAACACUCAUAUUGAGCAUCCAUAAAUGUGUGAAUAUGUCAUAAAUUUGAGGAGAAAAGUUCUUUAAUUCAAAUAAUUUGUAGAUUAUUGGGUAGAUCCAUUUAAUAAAAUCUUAGACGUAACUAGUAAAAAAGAAUUUUUAUUGCUUUACCCAUCAAAUCUAAGGUAUAAGCAAGGUCAGGUGAAUAAUAAUUUGAGAAAAUGUUGUAAAUGUUAGAACAUAAGCUCAGAUCAUUUCAAGAUUAUUUGGUUGAUCCAUUAACUAGUGUGUUAGUUUAUUACCGGUUUAAAAACAUUACUUUUUAUUGCAUUAUCGCCAAAACAAAGGUUAGAGCAAGGUCAGUUAAUAAAUAAGUUUAAAAUGGUACAUUUUAAUUCACUGUUAAAGGGAGAGUACUCAACAAUGAUAAUUGAGCCACCAGAUAUGACAGAAAUACUAAAUGUUGUUCUUGCUGUAGUUUAGUGACUUAUUGUGCAAUAAAAAACACAGAGAAUCGUAAUGCUGCUUAGUUUAGGAUAAAUCAUUUUAGUUGCUUGAAUUAUUAUUGAGAACUAAUUUGGCUAAAGACAGUGCUUUUACAUUUUUUGUUUUAAAAAGGUUAUUGACAAUUGUAUUGUUUUUGAUAGAAAUUUAUUAAAAUUCACAUUUGAAAAUAAUGUAAAACACGAGAGACAGAUUAGAAUAAAGUAUGCAGACUGAU